AGCUCAUUCCACGGCUGGCUGCUAAGGAGUGCACCCGGAUUUCUCUGUACGUUUGUAAGAUGUUUUUGAAAGUAAGUUGACGAAAAGUAUUUUCUCUCUGUGGAUGGUGUUUGUCAGCAGCUGGUGUCCACAGGUGGAUUGACAACAUUUUUUAAUUCUGUGUGAGAACCGAAAAAUGUUGAAAAACUGAAGUACGGAGCUGACUUAACUUUUGCUGUAGGUUUCUGUUGGCAUGGAGAUCUGUCAGUAGACUCGUACCUGCUCCAGUGAUUGCUGUCGUUCUGGAAAAACCUGCUGUGUUUGGCAGCGCUCAGACCUAACCUUUUAGCUGUCAAUAAUAAAUACCUGACUAGCUUUGCUCACCUUUGUUGCUGUAAUAUUGCGGUCAGACAGCUGGAGUUACGUGCUUUUGGAUAGUCUUGUCAACAGUAUGGCUGAGCCUGCUGAACUGCUGGUCAUUAAGGAUCAGUAUGAGCUGGCCCAACAAUCCAUGAACCAUGGAUCAGCGGCUCAGGAAGCUGACAACAAAUCAGAAGCUCUGGUGUAUUACAAGAAGAGUCGUCUGCAUCUUCGUCAAGGACUGGAGGUUCCUACUGGAGGGGAAAGGCAUCAAGGAGUGGUCUGGGACAAGGCUAGGCAGCUUCAGCAGAAGAUGAAGGAAAUGUUGGGGACUAUUGACAUCCGCCUUUCUGAUCUGGAAAAGUCCACACCAGGGGACACACGCUUACUGUCCAAUUUUUCUACUCCUCUUUACCCAGACUUGGUAAUUAACGGUCAACCCACCAAUAGUUCUGUCCUCCAUCUGUACCCCACCAUACCAGAUACUACCCACAGUACAUCACCAGCCUUCAUCAGUCCUAUUUUCCCUGCUGUCCCAAACACACACACACUCCCUUCAGCUGAUCUGGAAACUGUGGACAUGGAUAGCUCAACAGACCUGCCUCCAGCAUACACUCCAAAGCCAAUGGAUGGGCACCGCAGCCUGGUUUACGAUCCUGCUGGAGGCAGCCGCUGGUCAAGGGAACCACCAGAUGGGAAGGAUCUGCUCUCCAUCCCCUCUGGGGUACAACUGUUCUUUGUCGAACCAAACGGUCAGGUCAGCUCUCUGUCUUCUCCGGGCUACCUCCGUAUCAUCACAACGGAUAAUCAGCAAAGUGAUCGCAAUGCUGGAAAACCCGCUGGAUUUUUACAUGUAUGUGACCGUCUGUAUCCCCUGUCAGCAGACACCCCGGUGCUGCUGGCUAACUCUGGCAUCUACAUGUUCCCCGACUACUUGGCAGAGUUACCCAGCUCCUAUGUGGGUUUAGUGCUGUCCUCUGAUCUGCCUACAGCGGACUGUGAGAUGUUUCAGGAUGUUCUAACACAACUUGCUGAUCUCAGGAUCCAGGGAACAGAAGGAGCUGAAGGAGAGGUCAUAAACUUGACUGAUAAAAUUCCCUUGAAUCCUCUGCAUGAGCAAACAGAUCAAAUGGUACCAGAGGGGGAAAAGACAACAUUUCUACUUCCUGGAUGGAGUGAGAAGAUGGCUCAAGGAAUUUUGUCUGGAGCUACGAAAUUGAGUCAGUCAUUUGCAAAAGGAGCAGAGGCCACUGGGAAUGUCAUUCAAAAAGGAGCAGCCAAGAUCCGGGACCGCAUCACACCAGAGGAGACCCCGACUGACGUCAGUCCACAGGUCACCAAAGGUCUGAAUGCUACCAAACAAGCCACUGGGGGCGCUGUUCGAGUCAGUAAAUUCCUAGUGAAUGGCAUAAGUACAAUUGCAGAACAUGUGGCAGAAAAGGUGGCACCUCAUGUGAAGAAGCACGGUGCUAAGCUGGUCCCAGAAUCUCUGAAAAAAAGUCAGGAUGGCCAGGCUUCCAACUUUGAUGGAGCCAAGUUUGUAGCAACCAGCAGCAUACGGGGUUUAAGCACAGUUUGGGAAAGUCUAGAGACUGGAGCAAAACACGUCUGCAAAAGUGUUGCAACUGAAACUGUCACAACAGUAAAGUACAAAUUUAGAGGUUUAGAGCAUCUUUUAAACAAGUCUGGGAAGUGACUUCACUGGGAAGUAAAGGUCAAAUUAACAACUGAUCUAGUCUUGUUGUGCUUCUACUAACCCAACCUAGAUUAGAAAAUAACCUUGCACGACCUGUUGUAGCACAAACUAAAUUUGUAUUUUUCAAACUAAUUUGUUCACUUAAAGUAUGCUUUUCAGAGGUCUUUUCUGCAUUAGGCUUGCAUUUUAUAUCCACUGUAUGCUGAUAAAUGCAAGCUGAUGUGUCUAUUUUUAUCCUUCAACUCAAAUAGUUAUGAAUAGGUACAGUUCUUAUGUAUUAUAAUCAUUAUGCCUAAAAAGAGGGAUCUACACUUGUUAAAACAUUGCAUACAUGAACAGGACAUAAAGAUUUUUGAAGCUGCAUACUUUGAACAAUUAAACCAAGCCUCUCUUCUAGACUGAUUGUUGGUGCAUCUGUGUUGCUGUAAGCUACAUGCCAGAUUAAGUGAUGUCAUUACAUAUAACACUUUUAACAUACAAAAAUAUGCUAGAGUUGGUGUGUUUUUCCUUAAAGCAAUGUUUUGAUGUUCUUACAACUCAUUUAUUUUCUUCUGCCACACUCUUCUUCUCUAACACCUCCAAAUUAUUUAUGAUGAAGGUACGGCAAUGAUGCGGGCCAAGCCACAGAUACAGCUCUCCGCUCAGUGGGCAACAUUGGCGUGGCUGCACAUAAUAUUGACAAUCUUGGCCUCAAAGCCCUCCUGAAGACUACUGGCAAGAAGACGGCCAAAGUCAUGAUUAAAGAAUCUGACGAUGAG